UCUGUCGCUCAGUUGUGUGAGCCCCGUGAACCUGUCGUGAGGACGUCACGAUCGCGUUCACGGAGCGCGAAUCGCGAGUCUAUCCUUUUCAUAUAUAAAAUCGGCAAUCUAAUACACCGGUAAUAAAUCGGGAAUUUUAACACGGAUUGCGAAACUACGAACCGGCAGAUUAUACUCCAGUUGGAAAAAAACAUCAAUGUCAAACCGGGAAUAAACAUCGAAAAAGAAUUAUCACUCGCGAGCUUUUUGCCUUUGAUUGUAAUAAUGACUUAAUUUAAAAAAAAAAAAUUGCAAUUGACCAAAAAAAUGUAUUCUUGCAUGAGUUUGGGAAAACAAUAUCUGUGAAAAAUCAUUCAAAAUUUUAAAGUUCAAACAUGAUUCGUUGCUGAGUUAUCCGUAACCGAACUGACAGAGUCGCAAAGUUACAGAUUAUAUUCUCGCCGAACUACAGGACGCGCUUUCGUUUUUCGUUCUCCCCCCCCCCCCCCCCCCCUCUACUUAUUCUCGCGAAGUACGAGAACGGCAGCUUACUCGCUCUGGAUAAAGUUUAAUCGUUUUCCCUCUCAUCAUCACAUUAUGCGAUCAUAUCAUCCGUGUUAAAAAUCGAGAAUUUACGAAAGCGUAAGCGUGAACGCCACCUACAUUCAAAUAAUGCAGGACACUUUUUCCAUGGAUAAUCCCUGGACGAGCUCAACUACAAAAUUAGAAUCAUCUCCACUAAAUAUCAAUACUCGUUCUUAUCAAUUAAUUAGUCAUUCUCAAUUGGCCAACUGCAACGCUUCGUCUUUGCAAGUUCGAUCUGAUAAAUAAUUAGAAAAAUUGGAGAUCAGCUUCGAAAGCGGCGAACACAUCAGCAGGCCCGAUAGGGCGCGUUAAGAAAUUCUUCAGGACUUGGAACAGCAAUAAAUUUUGAUCCUGCAAAAAUGUCGCUUUGGGCCAAAGCUCAACAAUUGCCUCAAGAGGCUUUGCAACAAGUACGUUCCGUUUAUGGAGAACACUUUCCAAUCGAAGUUCGACACUUUUUGUCAUCAUGGAUAGAGGAAAAAAUGUGGACUGACAUUGAACCAGAUAAUCCUCAGUAUGAACAAUACAUAAUGAAUCUUGUUCUGGCGCUAAUUCAAGAACUUGAAACAAAAGCAGCCUCACUCAACACUGAAGACUUGUUCCUCACUAAACUCAAACUUAUUGAAGCAGCUAAAACUUUCAGGCAACGCUACAGUCAAAAUCCUGGUACUUUAUUCAGGAUAAUCAGGCAUUGCCUGGGAACGGAAAUGAAGCUUGUGGCACAGGUGGAAAAUUUGGAAGGUGCUUUGAUGAGUAUGGCACACGGAAGAGUGGGUUUGAUGGUGGGAGAUGCAGUAGCUGAAAUAGCACAACAGGUUGAAGCACUGAGGCGUCGGACACAGGAAACUAGUGAGGAUUUACGAAAAAUGGCACAGGAGCAAGAAGCGUUCGCCAUAAGUUAUCAUGAGUGUACCAAACUGAAUGCUCAUCUGCAGCAUCUCGCGACCCAGCAACAAAGUCAGCAGAGUCAAGACGCUGAGAAAAAAAUCCGCAGACAAAAGGAGCAGCAAGAGCAACUUUUGAACCACAAAAUAGCAAGUUUGAUGCAACUGCGACUGACGUUAGCAGACAAAUUAAAGGAAACCAUAGCUCAACUGAAUACUUUGCAAUCACGAGUACUCGACGACGAGUUAAUAAGAUGGAAGCGAGAUCAACAAUUGGCGGGAAACGGAGCUCCGUUCAAUAGUAAUCUCGAUUCGAUUCAAGAGUGGUGCGAAAGUUUGGCGGAAUUGAUAUGGUUGAAUCGGCAGCAAAUCAAAGAGGCGGAACAUUUGAAACAAAAAUUGGCAUUCGAUCCGCACGGUGUACCAGAUAUUUUGCCAAAUCUUAAUUUACAAAUAACUCAAUUGCUCAGUUCGUUGGUCACAAGUACAUUUAUCAUCGAGAAGCAGCCACCGCAGGUUAUGAAAACGAACACACGUUUUACAAGUACGGUUCGUUUGUUAGUGGGUGGAAAGUUGAACGUACACAUGACUCCGCCUCAGGUAAAAGUCACGAUAAUAAGCGAAACGCAGGCAAAUGCUUUGUUGAAGAGCGACAAAAUGGCAAAGAGAGGCGAGGCGAGCGGGGAAAUUCUCAACAACACAGGCACGAUGGAAUAUCAUCAAGCCACCAGACAAUUGUCCGUGAGUUUUCGUAAUAUGCAGUUGAAGAAAAUCAAACGCACAGAGAAAAAAGGCACCGAGUCCGUAAUGGACGAAAAAUUUUCCCUCUUCUUCCAAUCGCAAUUCAACGUCGGCGGAGGCGAAUUAGUCUUUCAAGUGUGGACCCUGAGCUUGCCCGUCGUCGUUAUAGUCCAUGGAAACCAAGAGCCCCACGCCUGGGCCACCGUCACGUGGGACAACGCUUUUGCCGAACCGGGCAGAGUUCCAUUCGCCGUACCUGACAAAGUACCCUGGUCUCAGGUCGCCGAAGCUCUCAAUGUUAAAUUCCGCUCGGCAACCGGACGCGCCCUCGUCGAAGAUAACUUACGAUUCCUCGCAGAAAAGGCUUUCCGUGCUGGUUGCGGUGGAAAUGCUUGUCCGAGCAUUGCCGGUGGAGCGACUGGCAAUUCAAGCGUUGCCGCACCCAACUCCGUCGCUAAUAAUCCCGCUGAACAAGAUUAUUCCAAUGUUUUGCUCAGCUGGGCACAAUUCUGCAAAGAGCCAUUACCCGAGAGAAAUUUCACUUUUUGGGAAUGGUUCUACGCCGUGAUGAAACUCACUCGCGAACACCUCAAAGGACCGUGGAUGGACGGCAAUAUAUUAGGUUUCGUUCGAAAGAGACAGGCCGAAGAAAUGCUCGGCACCUGCGCAUUUGGCACUUUCCUCAUGCGAUUCUCUGACUCUGAACUCGGAGGUGUUACGAUUGCCUGGGUCGGAGAUCAAACCGAAGUCUUCAUGCUUCAACCGUUCACGAGCAAAGAUUUCACGAUACGAAGUUUAGCCGAUCGAAUAUCCGAUCUCCAACACCUUCUCUACUUGUAUCCGGAUGUCUCCAAAGAUCAAGCUUUCUCCAAAUACUACACGCCAUUUGACGAGCGACAGCCAAUGUCGAAUAAUGGAUACGUGAAACCACUGCUCGUGACUCACGUUCCUGGAUGGGGUGGCGGAAGCGUUGGUGGUCAAACUCCGUCGCACUCUUCGGUAGUCGGUAUAGGAAGAAGCAGCCAGGGUGGCCAAGGUGGAAGUUACCCGGCAACUCCGUCCACGAUGUUUCAAGCUCACAGUCCCGACCCUUCGGUAACUCGGGACACGCCCUCGGUCGCUUCAAGCUACGCUCCGGGUCUCGGUCAAGGCACAGGAGUUGGCCGUACGAAUUCUGAUAUGGACUACGUGGAAUUGAUGGCACAAGGUGAACUUCCCUCGAUCGAUGAUAAUCUCAACCUGGAUCAGUUCAACACUUUUCCCUUUUCCGAAUUCAUGCAGACAUACAACACCAAACCGCAAUAGGUAUGUCUCUCUCUCUCUCUCUCUCUCUUUUCCUUUUUCCUUGUCCACUCUUUGUCUUUCUCUCUGUGUUAUCUCUCACCAUUAUCUGUUAAAAUUCGCGCGAUAGCCUUACAUACUAACAAAUCUACACUUCAGUGUUCUUCAUCCUAACAACUAUCGAUGGACAAAACCUAACACGAAUUCACCGUAGACCGUUGUUAUGUCUCCUGUUAUUGUUGAUGUUACGCUCGUUGUUAGUUAAAGUUGGAUGGGACGAUAGCGUGAGAAAGAAAUGAUGAAAUACAAAAGUUUUUUAAGACCUACAUCUCUCGAUAGUCACGCUAAACAUAUAAUCAUCGUCGUUUUGACCAACGGAAAAUAUUGAAAUCGAUUUAUACUUUUUUUUUUUCAAUUUAUCCUUCUGACAUUGAAUUGUGAUAGACCUUGCUAGGCUUUGCGAUCCAUUCGUCAUUUUUGGAGUGCAGUCUUUGCAUUAGCGGUAUUUUUUUAAAGUUGUUUGGGUGACUUUUCAAUCCGUGUUUCUACGGGUAAAUGUAGUUGACAAAUGUCAAACAUCGACGACUUAUUUCUUUUAAUUCUUAAAAAUGUGCAUUCCUAAAACAACGGAGUGUGGUCAUCUCUGAAUAACUACGUAAUUUCGAAAUUUUGACAUUUUAUUACUGCACGAGAUCUCAUUUUUUUACCAGAAGUCUUUUGAGCUUCUUAAUUAUUUUAAUCAUCUUUUAUCACGAAUUCAGAUCAUUUGCCUGAAAAUAUGGGAACACAGACGAUAAUAGCCACUAACAAUUGAAUAAAAAGCCACGAAAAUAUGCUCAAACUGAAACGACACUUGAGAAUUGGUAAAUAAAACUCAUUGCACAACGGUUGGAUCGAACAGCUAAAUUCGCCAAUCUAUGCAUACGAAUACAACCUAAAAAAAUGUCAACAGGGUUGCAAAUCAGUGGACUACGUUGAGAAUAAUUCUCGUGUAAACUCGAAAGGAAAGAAUCUUUUAUGAAAUCUACUGGCUUUGGAAAUCUAUACACGUUGAUUUAUUAUAACAGAAUAAUGAAAAUAUUUAUGCAAAAUUUCUUUGUUUUAUAUAAUUUAAGCCUAGUGGAUUUGAACAUGAUUUAUUUGUGAUUUUUAUUCAAUAUUCUCACCAUUCAUUGCGUGUCUCACCCGUUGGAAAAAUUGAUAAAAAAAAGGAAGGGGAAAACCCAAAUGUCCAUAGUACAAAAGCGUUGAAAGAAUUCUGUCAAAUUACCUGAAAAUGUGUUGGUUUGUAGGGGAAAAUAUAACGAGCUUGUACCAUUGUGAGUAGUAAAUUGCCGAUAUUUUUUCAUUGUGAAAAAAAAAACAAAAGAAUUCAACGAAAGAUUUAUUUGGCAUAACGCAGAUUUUUUAAGUUUAACAAAAAAAAUGUAAACUGAAUGGUGCGUGAUCAAAGUGGACAAUUAUUGACGGUGGAAUGAAAUUGAACAUGAAAUUUGAGAAAAAAAAUAUUACAAUUUUUACUGUACGCGAUCGAAAGGUAAUUCAAGCAGUACAAAUUGUCUCUUUGUACACAAAUGGACUCAACCAAAUUUUGAGAAUAACUUAAGAUUCGUUUUCCUUCAUUAAACCCAAGUUUUGUCAUAGUUGAUAGAUUUCCUUCCAACAAUGUGUAUGUGUGUCUGUGUAUGUGCGCAUCUCCUUGCGCGCGUGUGUAUGUAAGUGGCGUAUGCCCGAGGGAGUUCGACUUGUAGAUAAGAUCAUUGCCAUGUUCGGUGUAUGAGAGUGAAAGAGGUGAGACGAUAUGAGAACGAAUAUGAAGUGCCUCGAUUCGAUAUUUAUAGAUGUCUCUAAUGUUAAAAAGGGCUGCCAUAGUAGUCCGUAAUCAUGUGCCUUAAAAUCCGAUAAAUGCGUGUCUUUCUUUCUCUUUCCGUCAUGCAUGCACAAUUUGUGUGUACACGUUGGUUAGGCUCAAAUCGCGCGAAUUUAUGGUUAAUCUAUCGAUAUACACAUGGACUAAUGUCUGUAUCAACGAGCUCCAGAGUUUAAGCACUAAAACUACGAUUCAUCAAUUGUGAUAAUUAGCAACGGUAAUGGGCUCCAUUAACUUGAAAAUACAAAAAGGUAGAUCAAAAAAUCUCUGAUUUUCGUUCAAACAAUUGAAAUUUUAAGAAUUAUAUCUCAAUAGCUAUUCUUGUUCGGACCUCACGACUAAUAUUUUAUCAAAUUCAAAAAAUAUGAAAUAUUUUAUAAUUACUUAAAGUACAAAGCAUGAUGAAGAAUAGAAAAAAUUUAUUAACCUUUAGAGGACGGGACUGGUCCCUUAGGGACCACCUGCUUGCUCGGAGACUUGUCCUGAGGUAUGCAUUCGACUAUGUCCUGAGAUAUUAAUCUAAAGGUUAAAAAAAGUCCCGUCAUCGGUAACUUUAUGACAGAAAAAACUAUGACAAAUUCAAUUGAGCGAUGAUGAUCCAGAGCUGAUUUUUUUCUUCAACUAACGCGCAAGGUGCCCAAAUCCGAUUGGCGAUUAAUGUGUAAUAAUAUUUGUAAAACCUAUUAAGAUGCAAAGCUCUGUUGCUCUCUCUUUCUAUUUUCAAGGUUGCGUUUUCACGUGUGCAAUUCUAAGAGAAACCACCUCGUGUUAUCUCCUAUUCGGACAGCUUUUUAUAUUAUUAUUAUUAUUAUUAUUAUUAUUAUUAUUAUUAUUAUUCCGUUCCGCUUUUGCGGAACGGAAUUGACAUCGCGAAGAAAGAUGCAGUAACGAGACGAGUGUCUCAUCAAUAUGCUUGUCCGUAUGACAUCAAUUUUAGAUAUAUCUCCAUACGAUAAAAAUAUAUAGAUUAAAGAUAUGUACACUCAUAUAGAUAGAUAUAUAUAAAUAUAUAUAUAUAUAUAUUCACACACACUAUACUGAAUGUAUCUGGGCGGCCUUCGCAUGUGUGUUGAUUGAAUCAUUAACCGAGGCGUUUUUUUUUUAGCGAGUAAUCGCGUAUAUAACGUACGUAGCGUUAUUAUAUUUUGCGAUCCGGGAAAAAAAAUAUAAAUAUAUCAUUAUAAAUAUGAUAAAAAACGAAAGAUCCGGCCUAUAACUGCGGCUUAAGCGCCUCCGUAUUGUCCAUCGAUGCCUUUUUUUAACGUUUUUUUCGUUUCUUCUACUUCUUUUUAUAAUCAAAGAUUAGAGUUUAUUUUGUUAUUGAGGCGGUAUCGUCAUCGCCCGAUAUUGUGCAGAACGAAUAUAAUAUUAUAUAAAAUCUAACAUUGUAUACUACGAUAAUGGAUUAAUUAUUGUUACGCUAUUAAUGUAUUCUAAGUGAAAAAACACGAGCACAUAAAACACAUGUAUGUAACUACGUGCAAUUAAAUAAAUAUAAAAUCUAACGAAAAAA